GGUAGGAUGGGUCCUCAUCGCCGGCUUCGCUAAGACUCGCUCGCGUGGGCUGCCCGCGGCGGGCCCGCAGUGGCCGCGGCGGCAUGAAGGGCGCUCUGGGAAGUCCUGUGGCUGCGGCUGCCGCAGGCGCCGCGAUGCAGGAGAGUUUCGGCUGCGUCGUGGCCAACCGCUUCCACCAGCUGCUAGACGAUGAGUCUGACCCGUUCGACAUCCUGCGCGAGGCCGAACGCCGGCGCCAGCAGCAGCUGCAGCGCAAGAGGCGCGACGAGGCGGCGGCGGCGGCGGCGGCCGGGGCUGGCAACCGCGGCGGCAGGAGCCCGGCUGGGGCCUCGGGCCACAGACCCGGCGCGGGCGGCGGCCGGAGGGAGUCCCAGAAGGAGCGCAAGAGCCUCCCGGCCCCCAGCUCGCAACAGCCAGAUAGCCCAGGGGGCGGCCCGCAGCCGCCCGGCCAGAAGCGAACUCCCAGAAGAGGGGAGCAGCAAGGAUGGAGUGAUAACCGAGGGACAGAGGUGACGCUUGAUAGAGCAGAGCGGAGAUCCUACAGGGAAUAUCGACCCUAUGACACCGAGAGGCAGGCGGAUUUUACACCUGAGAAGUUUACAGAUGAAAAACCAAUUGACAGGUUUGAUCGAGACAGACCACUGAGAGGACGUGGAGGCCCAAGAGGGGGCAUGCGAAGCAGAGGCAGAGGUGGCCCUGGGAACAGAGCUUUUGACGGUUUUGACCAGAGAGGGAAACGAGAAUUUGAGAGAUACGGUGGGAAUGAUAAAACAGCAAUCAGAACUGAAGACAACAUGGGUGGAUAUGGAGUUCGCACCUGGGGAUCAGGUAGAGAUACCAGUGACACGGACCCGGCUGCCCCCAUGGAAGAGACCACAGUGGUGGAGGAGUCCCUGGGCCCCCUGGAGGAUGAAUCUCCAGCUAAAGUUCCUGAGUUGGAGAUAGAAGAAGAAACUCAAGUUCAAGAGAUGACCCUAGAUGAGUGGAAAAAUCUUCAAGAACAGACCAGACCAAAGCCUGAAUUUAACAUCCGGAAACCUGAGUCUACUGUCCCUUCCAAAGCAGUGGUGAUACACAAGUCUAAAUAUAGAGAUGAUAUGGUAAAGGAUGACUAUGAAGAUGAUGCCCACGUUUUCCGGAAAGCAGCCAAUGACAUCACAUCCCAGCUGGAGAUUAAUUUUGGUAACCUCCCUCGUCCCGGGCGUGGAGCCAGAGGUGGCACACGGGGAGGCCGGGGAAGGAUCAGAAGGGCAGAAAACUAUGGACCCAGGGCAGAAGUGGUGAUACAAGAUGUUGCUCCAAACCCGGAUGACCCUGAAGAUUUCCCUGCUCUGGCUUGAGACAGCCCAAUUUCCCUGGCAACUUAAACAGCACUGGCAUACCUAUGAAGAGACUAUUCUUGCUGUGGGGAAGAGAGUCAGACUCUAAGAACAAUAGAUGUUGCUUUUUCCCGUGUAA